AUGGUGGAGACAGGGAGAUCCAUAAGGAUAGAUCUUCUUGCGGAUGGCGAUCUUUGCGGAGUAGCUCCCGGGCAGCACACGGUGCUUGAGGCAGCAAAUGGCAAGUUGCUACAGGCUCUGCGGCUCAAAGAUUCCUUCUUCGCCUUGCGCUGUGGACGCGUGCAGACUUUCCAGGUUUCACGCCGGUUGCCGUCAGCUUCGGUGGUCAUCUACCCGCCUCCUUUCGGGCCUUUAUCCGAGGUCGAGUGCACACAAGUCCUCGAGCGUGCCAAGAGCUUCAUUGGCUUAGAUGUUCCACAGGUCCGAGACCGCCUGCGAGAGGCAGGACUGACAGCCGGCAACGAGGUUUUGGCAGAGAGCCUGAUCACCUUCUGCAUCACUGGCAUGUGUCGUAUCUGGAAUGUCGAGGAGGCUCACAAGCUGACAAGGCAAGUCGCGCUGAAUCCGGAGCGUUCACAGCAGGAGCCUUUGCAGGCCUUUGCGCUGCCAAGGCCCGAUGACUUGGCAAACGUGGAUGAUAGCGCAGGCGACCGGAAUCCGUCAUUGACGCGAGCGAAGGCUGUAUUCUCGGCAGAGAGUGGCUUGCGCACAGUCCCAGACAAGCUUCAGGAGAAAGCUAUCUCCACCGCUAUCCACGUCGGUUGUCGUGGGCCUGCAGCGCGGGUGGCUGGAGCUGCUGCCGCUAUGACUGUCGAGGGCUAUGCGUUGUACAAAGAAAUUGGUCGGCAUUGCGAGCAGCUCGAAGGGAAGAACAUCAGCUCGGAGCAAUUCACGGAGCGAAUUUGCGAGAGCACCGUGAGCUCUUCUGGCCGGGCUAUUGGAAGCUUGGCGGGAGCCGCGGUCGGUCAGGCCUCGAUUCCCGUGCCCGUGGUCGGUGCAGUGAUCGGUGGAGUUGCAGGUGCCGCUUGUGGUGGUUUCUAUGCCAACAGUCUGGUCCGUGGUGCUUGGCGAUUAUCAGGCGGCAAGGCGAAAGGUGGCGACGACAUCGUCAGAUGCGUUGAGCAUGCGACCACCGACAGCAGCAAUCACGCUUUCGACAGUUUGGAGAAGGAGGCUUGCUUCGACAAUGUGGUACAAGACUUCGUUUGCUCGACGAAGCUCUUAGAGGACACCCAUCAGGCCAUUCAAUUCCAGGGGGAAUCGGCGGAUCUCCUCUGA